AUGACAUUUACUGACUUACCAAUACGUGAAAAGUCUCAAAGAUUAAUCAACAGGCAGAAGAAGCAAGAACAAGAACAAGAGGUGCUAGAAGGUGCAACCACAACUUUGAAAAAAAAAUCAAUCAUCCAAUCAAUCAAGUCUAAACCAAAACAGAUAAACAAUUUACAUGAACUAUUACCUGGUUUAAAUGAUAUAAGUGAUGCAUUUGAAGCUUUACCGUUAGAUUUAAUUAAAUAUUUCACGUUGCUUAAAGAAAUAGAUGCAAAAUGUAUAAACACAAUCCCACAAAUAAAUUCAAAAAUUAAAACAUAUAUAAAUCAAUUACAUGAUGGAGAAACAAGAAAGGAGGAAGACGAAUUCGAUCAAUUGUCAACUAUAAAGAACAAAAUAAAUGAAAUUAUACCAUGUCUCGAAGAGAAAAUGCAUGUCACAUCCGUUGCUUCUGAUUUACUACUGAAACAUAUGUAUAGAAUAAAUCAGAAUUAUAAGUUGAUAGUCAUGAAUAAUGAAAUACCAGAAAGUAUAAGAAUUGGACCAUUGAAUCAUCCAGCUAUGAUAAAUGAAAAUGUAUCGAGUGGGAAAGAUACUGCUUCAGCUACUAAUAAUAAUAGAGGAGAGUCAAGAAGAGAGGUAUUAUCAAGAAAGAAAGUUCAAAAUGAAGAUGAUGAAGAUCCGCCAACUGAGAAGGAUAAAGGUACAAACAAGAAACGUAAGUUGACUACUCCUGAAAAUAACACAAGUAAUAAAAAAGAUAAGAAGAAGAAUGGCGAAGAAAAUAAAAAUUAUAACAAAAAGAAGAAGGAAAUUGAAAGUAAAAGUAGUGCUAAUACUGAACCUACUUAUUGUUAUUGUAAUCAAGUUUCAUUUGGGGAAAUGGUUGCUUGUGAUGGUGAAAACUGUGCUAUUGAAUGGUUUCAUCUUCCUUGUAUUGGUUAUAAAAAUCCACCAAAAGGAAAAUGGUUUUGUGAUAAUUGUAAAAAAUUUAAAUAA